AUGGCUAAGAGAACAAAGAAGGUUGGUAUCACCGGUAAGUACGGUGUGCGUUACGGUUCUUCUUUGAGAAGACAGGUCAAGAAGCUGGAAAUUCAACAGCACUCCAGAUACGACUGCUCCUUCUGCGGUAAGAAGACCGUCAAGAGAGGCGCCGCUGGUAUCUGGACCUGCUCCAGCUGCAAGAAGACCGUCGCCGGUGGUGCGUACACCGUCUCCACCGCCGCCGCCGCCACUGUCAGAUCCACCAUCAGAAGAUUGAGGGACAUGGCCGAGGCCUAA